CUCCGAACUUCCGUGAAACUCCUUUGCUCCCCUCUUUGUUUCAUUCUCGGGGUUCCGCUCGAACAGCCCAACAUGCUUUCUCUCAGGGGCUCUCUCUCCUCGGGGGCGUGCCUGCAGGCGGUGCGCCAGGCGACAGCCGUCUCCACCACCGGCAGCGCUACCGCCACUGCCACUGUUCGCUUUUACGCCACCAAGAAGAAGUACACCCCCUCGCUGCAGUUCGGUGGCCGGCCCCUGGCCAUGGCCGAUAACACCGUCUCCACGGUCAGCUCCAUCGGCGCCACCGUCUUCAAGGUGGUCGACGGCACCGAAACCAGCCGCUUUGCCGGGCCUCUGAAGCACACCGACCCGGACCAUGCCCGCCUGACGGCCGAGGCUGCGGCCAAGGGUGCCCAGGCGGCCGGCACCGGGCGCACCCGCGCCCAGGUCCGGCGCGCGCUCAGCAUCGGCCGUGAGGAUUUCGCCCUCCAGCGCCUGCACAGCGAACAGGCGGCCGGUCUCUUUGAGAACCCGCCAGCUCCCAUGAGCCAGCAGACCUCCAACCGCCAGAUGGCCGAGCUCAACAACCUGGCCACCCAGCCGCCGGCCGUGCGCGACCAGGCCAACCCCCCGCCGCGCAUUGUUUCCUCCGCCGAGAAGCCCACCUUCUCCAAGAUCCGCCGCGCCCAGAUCAACCUCUCCGGCUAUCACCACGAGCUGGUGGACACCUUUGCCGUGUUCAUCCGCCAGACGGCCAUGAUCAUGAAGAUCCCCGUGUCCGGGCUCAUCCGCAUGCCCACCCAGCGCAAGCUCUUCUCCGUCAUCCGGAGCCCCUUCAAGUACAAUCGCUCGCACGCGCAGUUCGGCAUGACCACCCACAAGCGCCUCAUCCAGGUGCACAACUGCACUGACGAGGUCCUGAACCACUUCCUCCGGUAUCUGUACGUCCGCCUGCCGGCCGGUAUCGGUAUGCGCAUGCGCACCUUCGACUAUGAGCCCCUGCCGGCCGAGACCUACAAGCUGUUGAAGGCCCAGCCGACCUUCGUCAAGCCCCUGUCGGCCGAUGCCCUGCAGAAGCUGUCGGCCGAGGUGUAUCACCUGCCGCUGGAGCGUCGCCCGGAGGGCUCCGGGCUGGAUGCUGACGAGCUGGCCGAGAUGAUGGCCUCCAUGCCGAGCCCCGCCAGCCGCCGGCCGGACCACUCCCUGCAUCGCCUGCAUCCCUUCCUCAACAACUACGUCGGCCGGUCCGACCGCAUGCACGCCAUGGAGCAGCUGGACGCCGCCCUGGCCGAGACCGAGUACACCCGGGCGGACUUCAUUCGCGAUCCCGCCCCCGCUCGCCAUGACUCGACCCACCGGAUGCCCGCGCACCAGGCUGCCCCCGGAGCCGCCGGGCCCCGUGCCAGCAUGAAGCGCACCACCGAUGUGACUGGGGCCGCCUCCUCGGUGACCCCGGCCUCGGUCGGCCGCCUGGCCCCGCUGUCGGUGCAUCAGCAGAAGCUGCGCGCCGCCGCGGCGGACGCCCGGCCCGGGCGCACGCGCGCCGGUCUCACCGAUGCCCUGGACCGCAGCCAGCUGACCGAGCCCAAUGCCGCGCUGGACUUCCUUCGGAGCAACCCGCCCGACCCCCGGGCCAUGGCCGCCGCCGCGGCGGUCCUGCCCCCCACCUUCGCCCCGGCUGCCCCGGUGCACCACAAGUACACCCUGCCGCGCCUGCCCCCUGGCGCCGGGCCAAUCAUCGAGCGUGGGAAGGUCCUCGCCGAGAUGGAGGUCCUCCGGACGGACACUCCCCAGCGUGUGAGCCCGGUCCUGCGUCUCCUGACGAAGGAUUUCGUCGGGUUCAUGGACUUUGUGGAUGAUGCCCUGAACCUGGACCCGGAGGCGGCCAAGACCGUCAGCGGCACCAUUGCCCAUGUCGAUGGGCAUAUCUAUGCCGAUACCCCCUUCACGCCGCCCGGGCAGCGGACCAAGUACCGCUUCUCCGUGGCCGAUUACACCAAGAAGACUGGCCGCGGUCGGGCCAGUGCCGACGGCGCGUCGGACGAGCAGGACGCCCAUGCCGCCCUUCUCCAGAUCACUCUCGCGGCCAGCAGCCAGAAGGACGCCACUCCCCGCACCGAGGAGGACAUUCAGCGCGACAUGGCCAACAUGGCCAUCAGCAUCGACGAUGUGGAUGCCCUGCUCAGCGGCGGUGGCAAGGCCCUGGCCCAGCGCUCCAUCUCGGCCUCCAUCAAGGCCGACGCCAUGCCCACCUACUCGGAUAUCCAGCCGAACAAGGAGAACCCGCCGCACAGCUUCUACAAGUGGUAAGUGCGUCUCCUCCUCGUGGCUGGGGCCCUCCCUUCCCCUGUUUCCCCCCCGCCCCCCUCCCUGGCAGUCGGCUGGCCCCAUGCGCGCGCUGUGCAUCCUCUCCUCCUGUGCUUUGAGGAUGGGCGGAGAAGAAGGGGGGCGGACGGGCGGCGGUGCCCCUUUCUUAUGCGGCUAGCUUCCCCUGUUUCCGGUGUUUCCCCCCCCCCCCUCCGGUGGGCGGAGUGGUGAAACAACGCACGCAUGACCUCGCCCCCUUUUUCGGGUGCCUCGGUGUGCACACCCACCCGCGAGGAUGGCACAACCCUCCUUUGUUGCAUCUCUUCUCCCCCUCGUCCCCCCUUCUCUUUCCCUUUUUUUUCAAGAAUAAUAUAUCCGUUAGACUACA